ACAAGUAGUAGUAGAAAGGUACAAAAGACAACCAACAAGCAACACAAGUUGCUGCAAACAGUAAGGCAGCAAGGCAAAGCCCUUUAGCACCCAAUAAUAUUAUCUUCUUUAUUAGCUACAACUUUUUCCUUCUGUCUCUCUCCUCUUAUCUAAGGCCAAUGUAUUUUUAAAGGCUGAAACUUUGGGAACCUUUUUUUAAAGGCUGAAACUUUGUACACCUCGUCCCAAAAACCACUUAGCAUCAGCCUCCAAUGGCCAGUUGGGUUGUAUCAGAAUGUAGUUUAAGACCCUUCACUGCCGUUAAAAUCCACCACAAACCUAGACCUUCAUUACCUUCAAACACCAUUAAUGCUUUCAAGUUCAAACCUUUACCGUGUUCUUCAUUCAAGGUCCCAACUUUAUGGUCUAAAGGUAGAAACUUAGGGGGGUUGGGGUUGUUGAAUGUGAGUGCUCCAUUGAAAGUGACAAUAACUAGUGAAGAAGAUAAAGGUAAAGAAGAGAGCGCCAUUGAUGGGGUUAAUAAUGGUGAGUUUGACCCUGGUGCAGCACCUCCUUUUAAGUUGUCUGAUAUUAAAGCUGCAAUACCAAAACAUUGUUGGGUUAAAGAUCCAUGGAGAUCUAUGAGUUAUGUUGUGAGAGAUGUUGUUGUUGUGUUUGGAUUGGCUGCUGUUGCUGCUUAUUUCAAUAACUGGUUUGUUUGGCCACUUUAUUGGAUUGCUCAAGGAACCAUGUUUUGGGCACUUUUUGUUCUUGGUCAUGACUGUGGACAUGGUAGUUUUUCCAAUAAUCCAGCUUUGAAUAGUGUUGCAGGUCAUCUUCUUCAUUCUUCAAUCCUUGUUCCAUACCAUGGAUGGAGAAUUAGCCAUAGAACUCAUCACCAGAAUCACGGGCAUGUCGAAAAUGACGAGUCAUGGCAUCCGUUGUCUGAGAAAAUUUACAAGAGUUUGGACAAUGCAACAAGAUUAUUGAGGUUCACCCUGCCUUUCCCUAUGCUUGCUUAUCCUAUCUAUCUGUGGAGUCGAAGUCCCGGAAAAAAGGGUUCACAUUUCCAUCCAGACAGUGAUUUAUUUGUCCCAAAUGAAAGGAAAGAUAUAAUCACCUCAACUGCUUGUUGGACAGCAAUGGUUGGCUUGCUUGCAUAUUUGUCGUUUACAAUGGGACCAAUGCCAUUGCUUAAACUCUACGGCAUCCCUUAUGCGAUAUUUGUGAUGUGGUUGGAUUUGGUGACAUACCUACAUCACCAUGGUCAUGACGAGAAGCUUCCAUGGUAUCGAGGAAAGGAGUGGAGUUACCUGAGAGGAGGGCUUACGACGCUUGAUCGGGAUUAUGGAUGGAUUAACAACAUCCACCACGAUAUUGGAACUCAUGUUAUACAUCAUCUCUUCCCUCAAAUCCCACAUUAUCACUUGAUUGAAGCUACCGAAGCAGCGAAGCCAGUGCUCGGGAAAUACUACAGGGAGCCAAAGAAAUCCGGGCCUUUACCAUUUUAUUUACUUGGGAUACUCAUAAAAAGCAUGAGAAAGGAUCAUUAUGUGAGUGACAUUGGUGAUGUUGUGUACUAUCAAACAGAUCCUCAACUAUAUGGAACUAACAAAUCAGAUUGAAGCACUGAAGUUUCUUUUUAUUCUCUGGCUAAAACCUCGAUUCAGAUAUGUAAUACAUCACAUUGAGUGGUCGACACUCGACUUUAUUCUUUCUCUCCCAAUUGAUGUGUAUGAUGAGAUGAUAAUACCAAAAACCUGCAAUUUCAGUUGCGGAA